CAUUUAUUUGAACCACCCUCCCUCAAAAGCGUUCUGUACACCCCUCUCCCGUUUCCUCUGCCUCGUGUCGUCGUCGUCCUCCUCCUUCUCCCCUCGCCGGCCAUGACGAACGCCGGCUCCCCAGUCGGACGCGCCCGCGCCCGCGCCGGCAGGAGGUGCGGCGCCCUCACGCGCGUCGACCUCCUGACCUUCCUAUUCGCCGCGGCGCUCUGCUCCGCGUCGUACUGUCUCGCGAUAUGGCACAACGGCCGCGGCGCCGCGGACAGCCGCGUUCUCGGUCCCGGCGCGGUCGUAGCCGACGCCACGUCCUGCGGGCGCGACGCCCGCGCCGAGGACGAGCCGCUCGACUUCGAGGCGCACCACACCGCCGAGGGGGCCCGGCUCUCCGUGUCGUCAGCAACGGCGACCACAAGCACGCGGCGGGCAUUGCGCGGCGCGGUGUGGGCGGGGAACCCGGCCCGUGGCGCCGCGGAGGCUGCUGCCGGCGAGAGGUGGGCGGCUCGCGUCGACGGCGACAGUCUCCGGUUCACGGACGCCGGCGCCGUCCGCGCGUAGGUAUGGACACCGCGUUCCGGGCCUGCGUCCCGGCCUCCGUGCGCGCCGCUCUCGACGUCGGAGCCGUGGUGCGUGGUGAGUUCGCGGGUCUCGGCCGUCAAUCCCAGUGCAUGGCGUUUGUUCCGGUUGGGUGCAGUUUUAUCUUUUAGCCCUUUUCCGUUUCUUUCUGCGAGUAAAAAAGAUGUGAAGCAUCGAUGUGAAAAAUACCUUUGAUGUGAUAGGGACUUUUUGGAGUAUGUUUGAUCCAAUCGAGUAGUGUUUCCAAUUUUUUCCUCAUCAUCUAGUGUGAUGCGUAUGUUCGGACGGCGGGUUCUUACUUUAGUGGCGACGACAACCGAUGACCUCGUCACCAAGAAGACUUCAUAGUUGAGUUGACAUUUUCGUUGGGCCACAUGGAAAAUAUAUCAGCACCAAAACCACAACGAUUUGCAGUGGCUUGCACAUCGAUAUGUCGUCUAUUACAUAUAUUAAAAGGCAAAGCAUGAGAGCAAUUCUGGUGGUUGAGUACCGUAGCUACAAAGGCGAAGAAUUGGAGCAA